AUAUAAAUGAGCAACCGUCUUUAAGCCUUUACAUACAUCUCUGUUGAGACAACGCUGAAGGGACAUGAUGGCUUCAAUUCCUGCUGGUCCUGAUUUGAGAAUCGUGAUGAUUGGAAAAACUGGUGUUGGCAAGAGUGCUGUUGGAAACACCAUUCUGGGAGAGAAACGGUUCAAAUCCCGUCCCAGUGCAGAGUCAGUGACUGAGUCCUGUGAGAAAGGUGUGAAACGCUGGGGUAACAGAGUGGUUAGUGUGGUGGACACACCAGGGAUCCUUGACACUCAGAAGUCACCAGAAUUCAUCCAAAGAGAAAUUGUGAGAUGUGUUGAAGUCUCAUGUCCUGGUCCUCAUGUGUUCCUGCUGGUCAUCCAAGUCGGUCGAUUCACCAACGAAGAGAAAAACUCUGUGGAAGCCCUGCAAAAGCUGUUUGGUCCUAAGGCUAACCAGUACAUGAUCGUGCUGUUUACCCGUGGUGAUGAUCUUGGAGGCCAGACCAUACAAGAGUAUGUGCGUGAGGGUAGUCAAGACCUCCGACGAGUCAUCCAAAGCUGUGGUAACAGGUUCCACGUCUUUGACAACACCAGUAAAGACACAGGUCAAGUGGUGGAGCUGGUUAAGAAGAUCGACAGCAUGGUUGCUGCAAACGGGGGGGCAUGCUACACAGAUGCCAUGUACCAAGAAGUGCAACAAAAAAUGGGAAGUGGAGGUACUCCCUCAUACACCUUCAUCUGUGAACUGAUCCUCCGUAUUGUAGAAUUUAUGAUGAUUCUUGCUAGUCGCUAAAUAACCAUACUCAGUAACCUAAACAUAUCAAUAUCCAGGUGUAAGAAGACAGUUUCUGUACCCAUGUGUGAACAUAUAAGAACACAUUUUAAAAAAGACACACACACACACACACACACACACACACACACACACACACACACACACACACACACACACACAUACACUUACAGUAGAUAGUGUAAUGUUAUCUUAUGUGGUGUCAGGUUAUCACUCAUGCUGAUUGUGAAGUAUAAAUGUCUCUCAGGGUCAUGAGAAAAAAUACUUAAAGAUAAAAUGUAGAAAAAAUCAAGCUGAUGUGCUCCUAACAUGACUUGUCUCUACACAAACCUUUUCUUGAUUUUAUAAAAUGCAUAAUGAU